AUUACUUUGUUGUAAAAAAUUUUCAAUUGUCAACGAAAUUUCUUAUUUGUAUUCGGACAUUUUUGUAACUUUCUUUGGAAAAUUUGUAAAUUUAGUGCAUCUAUAUUUUUGUAACUCUAAUUUUUGUUAACGAAUCGCCAUCUUAUCAUGUUGUCACAGCGAUUACAGGGCGCGAAAGAGCAGGAGCACCCCACAACAUCGUCAGCUGCAGUUAGCUGUCUCUCCGCGCCGCUGCAGCCGACGAAAACAACCAACACGAUUGCCACACAAUACUCCUACUCGAGUAUGUACGACAAUGUGCUGCUGACACCGCCAGAUUUGCCUUCUGACGAAGACGAAGCGCUGUGCUAUAAUCCGAAUGAGCCGCGCUACUGUAUUUGUAAUCAAGCCUCUUAUGGCGCCAUGAUUGCUUGCGACAACAAGUUGUGUCCCUACGAAUGGUUUCAUUUUCAAUGUGUGGGUGUCAUACGACCGCCAAAGGGCAAAUGGUAUUGUCCGCUCUGUAAAUCGACGAUGCAACAGCGUAGAGGUUCGGCACGAAAGCGGAAAAUUUCUGGGUAAUAAAGUGUAGGGUUUGGUUUUUCAUGAAUUUGUUUAAAAUUUUAUGAUUGUUUUGAAAAAAAGGAUUUCCUAUUCUUAAUUAUUAAUG